AUGGGAUCGAACGGCGACAACGCCUUCAGCACGGAUCUCCCGCGACAGAUCGAGCUGUUCGAAUUAGCGAAAUUUCAGGAGGCGGUCAUCGGACAACAGCAGCUGUUAAUACAUUUCUAUCAGGUAAGCAACGAGGAAUUUAGACUUGCUGAAAUUUGUCACAGAAUCACUUGGUGUCAAUUCCAGCAGUAUGCUGAAAUUAUAAAACGCAAAACAACCUCGGAUGCCAAACGAUUUAACGGACUAAUCGAAGAAGUGGAGAAGAUCGAAGGAAACCUAUCUGUUCACGAUAGAAAAGGUGUACCAUCAAUGGAAAAGGCACGCCUUUUUCCAGACUUCACACCACUACAAGGAAUUAGUCGAAACAUCUACGGAAGGUAA